AUGGGCGGGCAACCACCCUGCCCUUUACACAGAUCCGCCACUGUAUCCCAGUUCACAUUGCAUCCGUCGGUUAAUUCCAACCCUACUGCAGCUCCUAUGAAGCAGCCUAAUUCUGAUUUUGCAGCCACUUUUCAGGCGCCUGAUAAUUACUUCUUGCCCGAAUAUAGAGCUCUGGCUCCACCUGCCGGCCCCAAUCCAUGUAUCCCAAGAGUCGGGGGUAAAAGAUCAUGGCCCGAGUUGAUCGGCGAAAUUGGGGAAGCUGCAGCCGUAAAGAUAGAGCGAGAGAACCCUAAUGUUCGAGCAAUCAUUGUAGUGGAAAGCACUCCAAGUCCAACAAAGGACCGCAACUGUGACAAAGUUUGGGUCUGGAUCGAUACAAACGGAGUCGUGACAAGGGUCCCUAGUGUUCGCAACUAAGAGCAUCUCCAAGGGAGAUGUCAAAUCCUAAACAUCAAAUUUAAAUUUGAUGGCUGAUGUGGCAAUUUGAUAUUUACACAGUUUUACACUCCACCCGAUAUGUCAAAUAAAUAGUUAUUGUAACAGUCAAAUCAUUAAAGAUA